AUGGUGGACUGGCUACGACGAAUUCCAAACGAAGGAUUGAUUCACUUCCGCGAAGCCUUGAAUUAUAGCUUUGUGGUCGCUACCAACCACAAAGCGCUUAUGGAUGUCUUGCACACGAACAGUUAUGACUUUGUCAAGCCCCCAGGCGGGCGCGAGUUCCUGGCGCGUGGUCUCGGAUAUGGGCUUAUCCUGUCUGAGGGCGAUGCUCAUCGCGCGGCCCGCAAAGCUGUUACGCCAGCUUUCACAAUUAAGAAUAUUCGCGCUACGUAUCCGCUGAUGUGGUCGAAAACACAGCACCUCCUUCGGCAGCUGCAACGGGAAAUCCAUCUUCAUCCUGAGCCUGGCAGAAAGCAGGGCCAGCCUUCCGGCUUCGUGGAAAUCCAGGGAUGGGCCAAUCGGCUGGCAUUUUGUAUUAUUGGACCUGCCGCGAUUGGCCGCGACUUCCAGUGGCUGGAAAACGAGAACGACCCUCCGUCUGCGGAUUGGUUGCUACUGUUUGCUGUCUCCAUAAUCCUGCCGCAAUGGUUUGUGAAGCGCAUUCCGUGCAAUGCAAAUAUUGUGCUACCGCAAAAGGUCGAGUAUCUCCGAAAUCUCUUUCACGACAUACUUCGUGAGAAACGAGAGCGGAUCACAUGA